AUGUCUUUCAACAUCGAUCAGCUCGGAAACCCAAAUAUGAUGAUGGCUGGAGCCGCCGCACUUGGUCAGGAGGCGUCUGCAUAUGAUAAUACAUCUGAUGUUGAAGCAAACUGGGCGGCCAGAGCUUUUCAGCAGGCCGAAGUUCAUAUGAAGCUAUUACUCGCUGUUGGACCGGACAGAAUGAAAUUUAGUCCGUUAGAUGACGAGCUCUACGCAUCGUUCCGAAAAGAAUUUCCCGAUUUCGAUGUUGUCAAGAUUGACGAGGAUGCCAUGAAGAGUAAAGAAGGCAAAGAACAGUGGCGCAACUGGGUUAAUCAGUACAAAGAUACUCUCAAAGAUUUCAACUUUGGUAGCCUUCUCAGAACGGACCCAACGCAGGAUUACUCCGCGGAAAAUACGAUUUUCUGUUUGCGAGCUCAAUUUCUCGCCAUUGAAAUUGCACGAAAUAAAGAAGGACACAAUCAGAAAAUCGUCGAUGACUCGAAGAAGCAAUCAGCUGGUUCUUCUGGUGGCUGCUGUGGAUCAUGUUAA